AUAUUGUUUUAAAAAUCCUUUUUCUCAUGUUUGUCUUGGAAAACACAUAUCACUACAUGAGUAAUGAUCAUAAAUGUUAAUAUCCCUUUAGGGUUAUGUGGAGAAUAUUGUGCAUGUCUAUUAAAAAGGGAAAAAUGUGUAUAAAAAACCAAGAGUUUACCUUUUCGGUAGAGAAUUAAUUUCAUAAAUAAGAAUUAUUUUCGCUUUUCUCACUACGAAGAAGUAAAUUUGAACUUGAAGUAUGUAUCCCAACAUUAUUCUAUAGUGACAAUAUACUGUCUGUGUGUGUGUGUGUGUGUGUGUGUGUGUGUGUUUGCAUAUAUAUUUCUAUAUAGUUGUGAGGAUGGAGCAUUGUGCGCAUGUUCUUUGCCUCAUUUGCAUGAAAGGAGACACAAUCAUAGCCUUCUGAAUCUGCCAGACCAGUUGAUUCAUCUUCUCAGUUAAUUGCUAAGUGUCUUAAAUGAUUUUAUUAUUCAUACUUGAAAAGAAACAUGUAGAAAUUUAACAGAGUUUGAGUACACCAUUUCUAACACCAGCUAGUUAGACCGAGUUAGCACAAGCUAGCUAGAUAGCUAAGAACAGCCACACAAUACUGACACUCCUCCUGCUUGAAUUCUGGUAUGCGUGUUUUUUUUCUUUUAAAUAAAUGGAGUUGAUAUAAUUUAGUUGGUAAUUAGAUUAGCUAGCUAAUUCUUGUCUUUUCUGUUCAAGGGUAACAAGACCAAACCUAGAUUACUUAAAACCAGCCAGAUACUAGCGAGCUAAUUUAGCUAGAGCUACCAUUCUUGUUUAGCUAACAGGAAAAUUUUAUUAGUGGAUUCUGAUAACCAAACCUUAUAUUAUAUUAUCUUAUCUAUUAUCUUAUAUGAAAUUUCAAUUUUUUUAAAGAAUUGGCUAGUCAACAUAUUUGACCUGUUGUCUUUUCAGCCAGUUGUUUUAUAUGUCAAUGUUCUGUUAUCUCUUUCCUCCGUUUUUGGUUUUUCGAUAUAACGCAGCAUUUGUCUUGUUUAACUGUGUAAUUGUGGUGUGUCUAACACUUUAGAGUGUGCUUUACAUUGUAUAAAUUUAAGGUAUUUUCUGAUUUACUGUUGAUUCUUGUCAUCACUUAAAUAUGAAUAAAAAUCUUUUACACAGUUCGUAAAGUCUCUGCUGCUGUUUAUUGGAUAAUUUAACUACAGUCCCUGGAUUUUGCUAGAGGGAACUUCUCAGAGUUUUUAUGGAGAUUUCAAGAGAAAUAUAGAUGAACAACACGGAAAAUAGACAAACAACAAGAGAAACAGAGAAACAACAAAGGACAACAACGGCAUUGUAGCAGUAAUAAUAUUAUCUCGAUAAAUUGCCAGAACUGUCUCAAAUGAUUUACUUGUAAAGUGUGACCAAAUGCACAAACAGAUUAAUUUGAUCAGCGGUUCUCAAACACACUUCUGAAGUGUGAAUUUCCCUCUGGAAUUAAUAAACUAUCUAUCUGUCUAGCCAGGGACCAUUUUAACUGUAAAAUAAAUUUUCCAACCGUAAUCUAACCACUCCAAUAUUAGGCUCAUUAUUUUAAUGUGUACAGUGUUAUUGAGAUUUGGAUUAAAAUCAAACAGAUGAAUAACUAUUAGAACUUAAUCAUAAAUAUAUCUUUGAUAAUUGUGGGUUGUGACGGCCAGAACAGUAAACUCCUGUAGACUAAUGAAGAUUGUACACACACAUUUUCCUGAGUUUGACUCUCUACAAAUGUUUUACAAAACUCCACACACACCCCAAAAGUUACAUACUGCAGUUUUAAUGAUGAACUGAAAAGCGCCGUAAAGAGGAGAAGCAAAAGCAAUUGAGUAAAGUGACUGAAACCCACAUACGAAGUCAAUCACCUGAAGAACCUGCCAGUAAUAAAGUAAUCAGCGCAUUUAUAAGCGUCAUCACCUUUUUCUAAAGGCAAAAUCACUUUGUUAGUAUUUUUCAACUCUUUCAUUUAUUGAAUUUUUUUUUAAUACUUCAUCAAUCAGAAUAUUCACCUGGAUAAAAUAGCAAGUGUUUCAUCAAUAAUAGUCACUAGUUUACAGAUACAGAUUUACUAAAUUGUUGAUACAUGAGAGUUUUUAUGUGUUAAAAUGAGGAACCGCCUACUGGUGCAUAAGUGAAAGUGAUAACAGACCCGUCUGAGCAGUCUGAAAGCUCACAUGAAGCAGGAAAACGUCUCUUUAAAACAAAUGCUGAAUUUAGUUACUGCAUAGAGAAUAAACUCCAGGAGUUCUGCUUAAGAGAAGAAGGAAGGGUUAAAAAGGAGAAGGGAAAAGGACACGGCUGAAUCUUUAUCAUCACAACUAAGACCAGGCAGAAGGAAGAACAUGAAUAAAUCUAUUAACUUUGCAGGUGAAUCCAGCAGCCUGUCUGAAAAGCAGUUACAGUGUUCUAUCUGUCUAGAAGUGUUCACUGAUCCCGUCACCACUCCAUGUGGACACAGCUUCUGCAAGAGCUGCCUCACACAAAGCUGGGAUAAGAGUCAACAUUAUUAUUGUUCAUUUUGCAAAGAGAAAUUCACCAAGAGACCUGAACUGAAGAUUAAUAUAACACUGAGAGAGGUUGCAGAUCACUUCAAGAAGAAAACUGUCUCAGAUAAGUCUCAGAUUCUUUGUGACAUCUGCACUGGUGAUAAAGAAAAAGCCAUAAAAUCCUGUCUGGAUUGUGGUGUGACUUACUGUACGUCUCAUCUAGAGCCUCAUAAUUAUGUUCCAAAAUAUAAGAAACACAAUCUAAUAAAUGCAGUGGAGAACCUGGAGAAAUACAUAUGCCAGAAGCAUGAGAGACCUCUGGAGCUGUUCUGUAGAGAUGAUCAGAUGUGUGUGUGUCAGUUCUGCACAGAGGGAGAACAUAAGACUCACAACGUUAUUCCAUUAGAGGAGGAGAGUGGAGAGAGGAAGAGUCAGCUGGGAAAAACUCAGACAGAGGUGCAGGAGAUGAUCCAGGAGCGACUGAAGAAGAUCCAGGAGAUUAAUCACUCAGUAGAGCUCAGCAAAAGAAACACAGAGAAAGAGAAAUCGGACAGUGUUGAAGUCUUCACCACUCUGAUUCGCUCCAUUGAGAGGAGUCAGGCUGAGCUGCUGAAGGUGAUGGAGGAGAAGCAGAAAGCAGCAGAGAAGCAGGCUGAAGGACUCGUUAAAGAGCUGGAACAGGAAAUCCAUGAGCUAAAGAGGAGAGACACUGAGCUGGAGCAGCUCUCACACACUGACGAUCAUCUCCACCUCCUACAGAUUUAUCCGUCACUGUGCAGCGCUCCACACACCAAGAACUGGACUGAGAUCAGGAUUAACACUGAACUGAACAUGGACGCUGUGAAGACAACUCUGUCUCAGCUUCAGAAAACUCUGAAUGAGAAACUCAGUAGAACGCUGAAUGAGAAGCUGAAGGAAAUGGUCUCCACAGAACUGAAGAGGAUUCAGCAGUAUGCAGUGGAUGUGACUCUGGAUCCUGAUACAGCUCAUCCCUAUCUCAUCCUGUCUGAUGAUGGAAAACAAGUGACGUGUGAAGACACAAAGCAGAAUCUCCCAGAAACCCCAAAAAGAUUCACUUAUUAUGCAAUAAUCCUGGGAAAGCAGGGUUUCUCCUCAGGGAGGUUUUACUAUGAGGUGCAGGUCAGCGGGAAGACGGAGUGGGAUUUAGGAGUGGUCAGAGAAUCUGUUAACAGGAAGGGGAAGAUUGAACUUAACCCUCAGGAUGGAUUCUGGACUGUAACUCUGAGAAAGGGGAAUGAGUAUAAGGCUUGUGAUGAUACCUGUAUCUCCCUCUCCCUGAGAGAGAAACCCCAGAAGGUGGGAGUGUUUGUGGAUUAUGAGGAGGGUCUGGUCUCCUUUUAUGAUGUUGAAGCCAGGUCUCAUAUCUACUCUUUCACUGGUCAGUCUUUGACUGAGAAACUCUAUCCGUACUUCAGUCCUUGUGAAAAUGAUGGUGGUAAAAACUCAGCACCACUGAUCAUCUCUCAUGUGUAAAUUUGCACUUCACAAAAUCAGUAGUGUAUGAAAGGU